AUGAAUUUAAUUCUGCGGAUAUUCCGUGAACCCAUCCUCCACUCUGCAGUCAUCUCCCCUUCUGUCGCCUCCAACGCCACCCUGGCCGGAAAAGAAUCCAACGACGAGACAGCGGUGAGUGAGGUCUUUCGAGUGGCGGUGGACUUCUAUAACAACUUCCGUCUCCUUCUUGACUAUCUGGAAUCCGACUGUACAGACGACUUGCCUUUUGCGACACCCGGCGGUCCUCCUCCUUUCACAGCCUCUUCAAAUGAGGAUCAGGAAAGCAGCGGAAACCAGCAGCAAUCUCCCGAGGAGUCGACUGAGAAUCGACGUCUUGUUGGCCGUCUGCUGAUUGAAUGUGCUGAGGACUUCUCCAAUGCCAGUUGUAUGGACACUCCAGAAAUACUGGAGAAUUUCUGGAGGCUGACUGAACAUUCAGAUGUACUGGAUAGUCUUGCUAAAUCUAGUCGAUCAAUCGUGUAUACUGUCGCAAGGAUUAAGCCAAUAGCAUCCGACUUGAUGGAGCCUCGCCUGUGUUGUCUUCAUUCUCUCUACUGUUCUUCUUGUCGAGCUUGGGACCAGAAAGAGCGCUCCUCAAAAGAAAUGAAUUCCCCCGCCCACAACUGUAACUUGGUUGUAAACUGUUUCCGCUACCUUCUACCCCGUCUUCUUCUCCUUCCAAUAUUUCAGUUCUUUCAAUUUUAUCGUCUUGCAAAUGCCCUUUAUGCACAAACCGUCAAUGAAUCAGAUCGUGAACACCUCGAAAUUGUUCUGGAAUACCUUUUAAGUCCUCGGCUAACGAUCCGAAGUAUUCUCACUCGGUACCCAGACUUGCUUGUCCAAUUAGCACGUCUGCUGUCGACAGGACACCUUGUCACGAGCUCAACCUCCUUGUUAUCCCAUGCAAUCACUUCACCUCUCAUUAAUUCUUCAGCUCCACAUCACAGGAGUUACUCAGCAUCUCCUGCUCAGACCAUGACACCUCCAAUGCGUCGAGACUCCUCCGCCUAUCAUCACCAUUAUCACCGAUACAAUACUCCCCCACUUCCACCCCCUCAUACUGGCAUGACCUCACAGACGCCCCAACAAUCCUCCUCCACAGCAGCUCUAAUGCCUAUUUUCACUACUGUAGGGGCUUUUGGGAAUUACAUCUGCGGGUCUCUCUUCAAUAUAGAUGCCGCCUCUUCCACAUCUGCAUCUCAGAACGCUUCGGCGUCCGGUCUGGUGGAAGAGAAGGCGGAAGAGCACAUGGAUGCACUGUUAUCGGCGCUAAUGGCAACAGGAGUUUGUGGUGCGGUGACUCAGGCCAAGAUUGAGGAGUUGGAGAGGCUUACGGGCGGGAAGGAUCGACUUCUAAAUUGUGCCGCUUCGAAUUUGGGCAAAUUUGUGAUGGGUGGCAAUGUGUUGUCCGGAUAUGUGUCCUUUUCUCGAUUCACUGCAAAAAUUAGCCCAAGCAGACUUACGAUUCAUCGUGCAUGUGCUGCAAUUUUAGAGGGUCGCCUGCUAGUUCGAGAGGAGGGGAGACGUGUCGCCUCUGAACGUCAAGCCUACCUCUUCACCAACUGCCUUCUUCUCUGCAAGCGCGUGGAACGUCGUGGCACAGGUCUAGCCUCUUCUUCCAUGGUUGUAAAUGUGGCAGUAGGGGGCCAAUCCACUCCCCUCCGCGUGAAACGUCGUAUCCCUCUUGAAGGCGGUGGCGGCGGCGUGCAUGUCAUUGACGCUGCACCUUAUCUUCCAAUUCGAUUCUCCAGGCAAAUUUCUGGAGAAACGGGAGGGCCAGAACAAUCUCUCAUUCUGGAAUGUGCCUCUCUGCUCCUCUCUUCGCCCACUUCUGCGUCUUUGUCGCGUGGAACUGUAUCUGAUUCAACGCGUCGUUUCCAUUCAACCCUUGAAGAAGCUGAGUUAUGUUCCUUUUCUCUCGAGUUCUUCGACGCUGACCAACGGCAGCUCAGUGGUGAUGGUGGAAGCGCCGACGGUAGCUCCACGAACAUUGCUGCUGUUGCGGGUUCCAUGUCAUCCAAUUCCUCGGACGUACCUCAAGGCGUCCUAUUUCACACCAUUCACUUUGAGGCUCCAACGCCCGAGGAAAAAGCCGACUGGAUGGCCUCUCUACUAAGCAUUACUACUUCACGCAUUUAUGAUUGGUACCUUCGAACAUUGCCAAAACUAGAAAUUCCUCUCCGACUCCCAUCUUCUGAUGAAUACAGAUUCGUUCAACCAGAUACUCCCGAUGUGAUAGUUUUUGAACCCCCUCCCGGUAACCAAACAUCAACUAUUCCUUCCGUCAAUACCGCUACAAAUCGUCUAUUCCAGGUCUCUCUUACAAGUCGCGUUCGAUCUGCCUCCACUACAGCCUCAGUCGAUGAACCGACGGAUCCUCUCGACAAACUUGGCGAGGGAGAUGUUGACUUAGACCUCUUUCCGACCUCUCCAACUGACGAUGAAUCCCUAGGAGGAGGUCAGGAAAAUUUGGAUGACCUCACCACCUCCCUCCCUCUUCCCGCCUUCACUUCAUCUCGUAUCCAUUCCCCUCAUCUCAGUUCCCAAUAUCCGCCUCCUCCCACCACCUCUCCUCCCACUGUUUCUUCUCCCUUUCCCCAUCAAACCUUUCAUCGGCCACAGAUUCUUUAUGCCAGUCUCUACAAGCUCAUUGAGCGUCUCACCUUCCCUGCUUACUUUGAUCCACCUGCUGUGAAUACCUUCCUCAUGUACUACCGUCGGUACAUCUCCCCUAUUGGUCUUCUUUCCCUCCUUGAAGAACGCUACAAUGUACCCUACCCAAAUUUCACCCCCCACGAAAGGGAGAAGGCGGUGGAAGACAUGAAACGACGCUUCUGUUCGGUCUACAAGAGACGCGUGCAGGAGAGAGUGUUCGCAUUUCUCCUUCGGUGGACUAGAACACCGCGGUUUUAUGCUCAUGAUUUCGCCGGGAACCUCGAGUUGAGGCAGAGGUUGGCGAGAUUUUUGGGUAAAGUGCGAGUGAGGAUACUACUGCCUGCAGUGCAAGCGAUUGGACAUGCAUUGGCAAAAGGUGGGGUAAACAAUGUUGAGUCGACGCUGACUUUGCCUUCAAUGAUGACGAAUAUGGCUGAGCCUGGGAAUGAGAGGGGACAGACUCCAGGUCAAUCUAAACUCGCUGAAAGUGGAAAUGUGCAUAGGAAUACUGCCAGUUUGAUGCCUUCCCUGUCACCGAACUCCUGCGCAACCAUUGAUCUGUUGCAAGUAAGAUUUUUUCUUUAA